CCGCCCCCCCCCCCCCAAAGUUCCCGGGAGCAGCUGCAGCCCCUCCCCUCGGGAAAGGGGUGUGGGCCGAGGGCCGGCCCCGAGCGACCCUCGCGCAGAAGUGUUUCCGAGGGCAGCCCUGACCGCGGCUCGGCUAUCCCGUCCACUCCGGCCCGCACGCAUUCCCAACUUGGGAGCCUCUGCAGGCCUGCGCACGCAGCACCCCUCCCUCCUCCGGCUCCCCCUCCUCCUCCUCUUCCCAGCUUUGUGACAGCCUCGGGUGCUCGGAACCGCGGAGCAGGGAGAGACAGGGAGAGACCCGGAGAAGGAGGGAGGAGGGGAAAGGGAGACAGCCAGGGAGAGGAAAGAAGGAGAGGAGAGGGAAGGAGCGCCUUGGAAAGGGCUUGCCUCUGCCGCAACCCCAGCCAUCCUCCUCCUCCUCCUCCUCCUCCUCCUCCUCCUCUUCCUCCUCCUCCUCCUCCUGCCGCCGCUGCCGCUGCCGGGCCUGGCUCCGGCCUCGGAUGCCCCGGUGAGCCGCCCGGAGGAGCCUACGGGCCGGAACCGGGGUCGGAGCGGACCUCGGGCAGCCGCGCUCCCCGCGGAGCGGCCGCAAGUUUGCAAGUUGGGCUAGUUUAGGGCGGGGGAGGGGGUGGGCAGCGCGCGCAGACCAGGAGGGGAGGGGGAGCCCCCGGCCCCGGCUCCUCUAGCCCCAGACCCCCCGACCCCGUGGCCAUGGAGGACGGCGGGGGCCUCGAGGCGGCGUCCGUGCUGGAGAAGAACGUGGCCGAGCUGACCGUGAUGGACGUGUACGACAUCGCCUCGCUGGUGGGCCACGAGUUCGAGCGGGUCAUCGACCAGCACGGCUGCGAGGCCAUAGGGCAGCUGAUGCCCAAGGUGGUGCGGGUGCUGGAGAUCCUCGAGGUGCUGGUGAGCCGCCACCACGUCAGCCCCGAGCUGGACGAGCUGCGCCUGGAGCUCGACCGGCUCCGCCUCGAGAGGAUGGACCGGAUCGAGAAGGAGAGGAAGCAUCAAAAGGAGCUGGAGCUCGUGGAGGACGUCUGGCGAGGGGAAGCCCAAGACCUUCUCACGCAGAUCGCGCAGCUCCAGGAGGAAAACAAGCAGCUGAUGACCAACCUUUCUCAUAAAGAUAUUAGUUUCUCUGAGGAAGACUUCCAGAAGCAGGAAGGCAUGUCUGAGAGGGAACGGCAAGUGAUGAAGAAGCUAAAAGAGGUGGUGGACAAACAGCGGGAUGAGAUCCGGGCUAAGGACAGGGAGCUCGGCCUGAAGAACGAGGACGUGGAGGCUCUUCAGCAGCAGCAGAGCCGGCUGAUGAAGAUUAACCACGACCUGCGACAUCGCAUCACUGUGGUGGAGGCGCAGGGCAAGGCGCUGAUUGAGCAGAAGGUGGAGCUGGAGGCGUACCUGCAGACCAAGGAGCAGGAGAUGGGCAGCAUGCGGGCCGAGAUCGGGAAACUCCGGGAGAAGCUCAAGGGGGAGCCCAGCCAGAACGGAGAGGAGCAGGGCGAGCCGGAGCCAGGGGGUGAGGAGUACGUCCCGGAGUCAGAGAAGGCAGCCAUGGAGAAGGACCCAAACCGCCCCCGCUUCACGCUUCAGGAGCUGCGGGACGUGUUGCACGAGAGGAAUGAGUUGAAAUCGAAGGUGUUUUUCUUGCAAGAAGAGCUCGCCUACUAUAAGAGUGAGGAAGUUGAAGAAGAGACCCGAACACCCCAUCCUACCCCCAUCAUCCACUCCAAAACCUCCCCCCAGCCCGAGUCUGGGAUCAAGAAACUGUUUAGUUUCUUCUCUCGAGACAAAAAGCGCCUGGCCACCGCACAGAGAAACGUCCACUUCCAGGAGUCCUUUGGCCAGUGGGCGGACUCCCACAGAGAUGACGGCUACACCGAACAGGGGCAGGAAGCCUUACAGCACCUGUGACUUUCACUCUCCCUGGGCUUGUGACUGGCUCGGCUACAUCCACCUCAGAGGUUCGGGGAUUGGGCAGCGGCCAGACCCCAGACCCAUGGCCCCCGCAGUCCUCGCACCCUGGGGCCGGCUGUUUUUUUACAGAUGUACUCUCCACCCAGGGACAUGGAGACCUGCUGUGUGCUUGGGAAGCCGGACCCCUAAAAA